CACGGAGAAUAACCGACGAAUUCCCCGAGUGCUGCUGUUAGAAAGUUCGCAUACUACAGUGAUCUUUCGGUCAGUACGGAAUACCACCAACCGUGGAUUCACACUGACAGCACAGUUAUAUCAUGCAUGCGCUACGGUGUUCUCACAACCCAACUUUACCGGUGUCGCAAUGAACCUGCUGGAUGACAGUGAUGACUAUGACCAGUUUCGUCGGUUUAUUCAUACGCAGUCCAUGCCUGCCAUUGGCUCUAUCAGGUUACGCCCAUGGUGUACGUUGGAGCAUGAUGAUUUUGACGGCAGCACCCAUCUCGUCAAUGCGACAACAAAUGAUUACAACUUUUCGGAUUUUUCAUACCUGUCACUGACGCUGAGGUGCCGGUGUAUCACAGUUGUUCCAGAACCAUGGCCAUGGUUUGUUGUUGCGUCGUUAUUAGCAGCGAGUGUACUCGGUGCCGCUGUCGCCGUCUGGUGGAUACGACGUAACAAAUACAGAAACCGCAUAUACAAUAACCGGCUAAUGACCAAAGUAAUUCGCAAAACGCUGGGGUCGCAGUAUGACCAGUAUCGUAUUCACGAGUGCGAGCUGAAAAUCGAACCCACAAUACUUGGGCAAGGAUAUUACGGACUGGUGUUUAAAGGAGUCUUGCUCUUAGACCGAUCUGUUCGUUCAGAAGGAGAAAAUGACGUAGAAGUUGGCACACAUUCGUCAGCAAUUGAUGUCGCGGUUAAGCGACUGCUUCUGCGCUCGAAAACUAGUGAAAAACAACUGCUGGAUGAAAUAAAAAUGCUGGCAAAAGCUGCAGCGCACCCCAAUAUAAUUGCUAUUAUGAAAAUAAUUACAGAUGGUGAAUUACGAUUGGUCAUCGAAUAUUGCCACCAUGGUUCAUUGGAUAAGUAUUUACGCGACAAAUGGACAACGAUGACAAGCGCAGACAAACCUGCAGACCUGAAAUGGGAAACCAGGGAAUUCGUCAAUUUCGCUUGCCAGAUUUGUAGCGGCAUGCAACACCUGGCAUCACGGAACAUUAUCCAUCGAGACCUUGCGGCACGAAAUAUCCUGAUCAAUGAUAUGAAGAUUUUGAAGAUUGCGGAUUUCGGGAUGGCUAAAGAUGGACCACAGUACAAAGAAACUAAACAAGUGCGUUUGCCGGUCGAAUGGAUGGCGUUGGAAUCAUUGCUCUCGGGUGAUUUCAGCAUGGCUAGUGAUGUGUGGUCCUUCGGUGUGGUGCUCUGGGAGAUUUAUACCUGGUGCGAAAUGCCGUACAAAGAGGUCAUGGAAAAGACCGACGUUGUGAAGUUGAUCUCAUACUUGCAAAACGGAAAUCGCCUACAACAACCACCACCCUGCCCCGAUCACUUGUAUGACCUAAUGCUUCAAUGUUGGGAAGCGGAUAUUCUGAAGCGAACCUCCUUCGAUCUUCUUGCCGAACAGCUGCGGCAUUUGGCCUCCAGUGAAGCCCUGUACCGUUACGUGGUCUUCGAUGCCGAUGAUUUUCAAAUCGCAAUGUCGCAGUCAGAAAUAUGCUAG